AAUCGUGAAAAGGAAAGAACAGAACAAAACAAAAACAAUCACAAAUUCUCCAAUAUCCCAAGUUGUGGUGAAAAAUGAAGGCAAAAAAGCAGUUUCCAUGUCUUCUCCGUGGCUCUCAUUUUUUUUCCAUACACAAAGGAUUGAGUUGUUUCCAUCCUCUGUUUUGAUCCUCUGCUCUUUCUUGCUCUGUUUUUUGUUAUGGGGUUUCAUCUCAGAAAAAUGUUAGUACCAGAAACCAGCUUGCCUCACCAUCCUCAUAUUGCCUGCGUAAUGAGUUGGUGUCAGACGCGCCGUGAAUAUCUUCUUCCGCCACCAGAACCACUGCCUCCUCGCGACCAUUUCCAUUACAAGAACCGUUUGAUUAACGCCAGUCUUAUUAUCACUGCCUGCAUCCUUGGCGGAGCUCUUCUGGUUGCAAUUAUGUUCAUAAUCAUCCGCAAGUACAACUCAUCGAGGAAUAGUUCAAGGAGAAGAAAUUCUCCAAUUCUGUUUGAUACCCGAGAAGAUUUUCUUGAUGAAGAUCAUGGCCCUGUGAUCGAUCACCCGAUAUGGUAUAUCCACACCGUUGGUCUCCAGCAACACGUCAUCGAUUCCAUCACGGUUUUCAAGUACAAAAAAGAUGAGGGGUUGAUUGAUGGUACGGAAUGCUCUAUUUGCUUGAAUGAGUUUGAAGAAGAUGAGAGCCUUAGACUCUUGCCAAAGUGCAGCCACGCCUUUCACCUUCCUUGCAUAGAUUCCUGGUUGAGAUCACACAAGAAUUGCCCCUUGUGUCGUGCUCCUAUAUUUAGCGACGUUACCGGUUCUCAGGUACCUGCAACCGAACCUAACGUGAGUGUUUCGGCGGGUUCGAGUGGAGAAACCCUAGUGGAGAAUCUUGAGAAUUAUGAUGGGGUGGAAAGAACCCAAGUUGGAGAAGGUGGAACUAGUGAGGAAGUUGGGAUUGGAGAUGGAAGUUUUAGUGCUUUGGCAAUUGAAGAUGGAAGGGGUGCUGAGAAUUCAAAGAAAAGUAUGCAGAGUUCUAGCUCUGGGAAUCGUCAUUCUCGAGUUGUAAGCAAUUUGGAUGACAAUCAACGAGCUGUGAAAGAAGAAGUACAGCCAGUGAGGAGAUCUGUUUCAUUGGAUCCAUCUUCUGCGUUUAGGAUUUAUCAUGCUGUGGCAAAUAUAGUUGCUGAUCAAGGAAGUUCAAAAGCCCAAUUAGCAAACCUAAAAAGUUCUCGCAAAAAGAUGGUUGCUAAGCCAGAGAGUGGAACUUCGAGCAUAUGCAAACUGAUGAAAAGUUCUUCAAUUGGGCGUUCCCUGCAGAAGGGUCCCAUUUCAAUGAAAAGGUCUUUUUCCUCUAGCAGAAGGUUCUUGUCUUCCAGACAUUGCAAAAGUGCAAGCUCAAUCCUUCCUUUAUGAAGAUGUCGAAGCUUCUUCCACAGUUUUCAAAUCCAUAAUUUUAGGUUCGUGCUUAGAUGAAGAAAUCAACUGAGCUUGGAAUAUUACCUUCUCUUGUUUCUACAGCAAAAAGGAUAAAACAUGAGUUGCUUUAAGUUUCAGGGCGAGUAGAAAGAAGCUGGUUCUGGCAUGAAGCUUUCCUCAUCAGGAUCCAAAUGAGUAAUUAAGAGCAUAUGGAUCCAAAUGAGUGCAUUUGUAAUAAUUAGAAUAGCUUUUGAGCUCCGAAAGAGAAUUCAAAUCUUGCUAUUAUUAUUAUCACA